AUCGAAGUCGACAAGACAACAACGCUGCGGUCGGAAACUCGUGAUAGGCGCGCGUCGUAUUCCCGUCUUCUAUUGGCCCGGCCAACCCAACCCACAGUACUGAUUACGCUGUAUUUUUCUGUUAUACGACUUGAGUCUUGUUCAGUCGCCUCUCGCCCGUACCGUCGUUGUCGUCGAUUAUAAUAUAAUGGUGCCGUUUUUUAUUUAGUUACUGACUGGCAUAAUUUAAGUAUUCUUAAAAGUACAUUAUCGUCGUUGAUGUAAAUCCAUUAUUUGAAAAGAUAACAGUUCCGCUGGUGUUAUCAUUUUUGAUAAAGAACGCUUAACGACAGUAGUUUGUCACAUAACACAUAGGUAAAAUAGUAGUUCGUCCCCAUCGUCGUCAUCCAGUCGUCUCAACGAUCACCGGGCCCCAGCCCGGUCGCUUUGACCCUCUUGUCACCGUGUUUCAUCAUUGUUGUAUAUAUUUUCCGAAAUGUCCAAAAAGCAUGGCGAGGAUUCUAAAAGAAAAUUGAAAAACAACAUAAUCAACGGUAAGAAAUUGUAUAAAAUAAAUUUUCACCUUUGUUUACUUCGGGUUAUACAGUCCAUACAGACUGCGUAACAUGUUGUUUUAUUGAUCGUGUUAUUAAAUUCAAACAUUUAUAUCAUAGGUAGGUUUAGACAAGAACUUUCGUUAGUAAAAUACUAUUAUUGAAUUUGUAUCAAUAUUUUUAUCAUUCGUAUGAUAUAAGUACCUAAUAUCUACAUAUUUUGAAAACUAAUAUUUGAUCCUAGUUUUGGAUAUAAUAGGUAUACCUUUGCACAUUUGUAUCAAAUAACUAGCAAAGUAUUUGAUAUAUUUUUAGUUAUUGUUGAAUUAGGUAGAUAUUUAGUAUAAGAAACAGACAAUUGUUUUAUUUUUCGUUUGUGUUUAAUAAUAAUGUUUAUAUAUUUAUCACAUUAGUGAUCAGUUGAUUUGACUAUGUUUUGUAUUGGUAUUGGUAGUAGGUUCUUAUCCUGAUUUCUAACUUAAACAUUUUCGUUUUUUCAUGACAAUAGGUAUAUCUCAAUGGCUAAUAAAUAAAUAAAUGUAUUAUAUUUUAAAUUGAAAUUAUAAUUAAAUAUUAUUAAGAUGCCUAAAUUAACAUUGUACAUUUAUCAUAAAAUAUUAUUUAAAUAUUAUAGUUAGUAAAGUCAUACUUGUAAAUAUUUUAAAAGCUCAAAAAUAAUGACUUCCUUAUAGAAAAAAAUGCAACAAUAUUAAGCCGGGUCCACACUAGGAUCGGUUGUCGAACAUAUUCAUUCAAAAUGUUUCCUGAUUCGACUAUUAUUACUGUGUUUUGAAAUGAUUGACACCAGUUUUCUUUUAACUUAAAAGAUUUUCUGCCUUAUAAAUUGGCAACUUAAAGAUUUCCUGCUCGCAUUAUUAAUUUUUAUGUUACUACAUCUAUGAGUAUUUCAGUGCAAUAUUUUAACAACAAAAACAAAUAAUUGUUAUUAAAUAAUAAUUAUAAAUUAAACACUUAUGUUUUUAAAUCUAUAAUUCUUUAUUAAAUAUUUAAAAUUAAAGUUUAAAGUUUUAAAAACAAUAAUAAUACAAUGUAUAGUAAGCUUGAUCAAUAAUUAGUUCUUCUUAUGAACAUUUUAAACCAUGAUUAUUUAUUCAGCAAUACUUAUUCACUUAAAGCUAACUCCAUUUUAUGUAUAAAUUAUAAUUUAUAACUUGUCUAUCACGUCCAUACUGAGGACUGAGUUGAACAUUUGAAAAUUGUACGUGCACACAUAAGAAACACAGACUAGGGAAAACAUAUUCGACAACAAUGUUUGUCUUAGUGUGGACCUGGCUUUACAGUCAACUGAUACAAUUUGUAUUACAUAGUUUAUCAUGUUAAAUUUUUUUAUUAAUUUAAGUAAACAAAACUUUUGUGUAUUUAUUUUUAGUAGUACUACAACUUACUUUAUUACUGUGCAUAUUACCAUUUGCUUGCAUUGAUAACAUAAAAUGCAAAAUCAAUGUUUUUUAGGUAGGUAUUUCCUACCUUAGAUAAUUGUUGUAUUAAAUACAUACUUAUUAUUAGAGAGCGGAUGUUUAUGCAUUUAUCAUAUUUUUUUUAUAACAUCUAAAUUAAUGCGGAGUAAGAUAGAAAUUUGUUUGUUACAUCAUUCAAAGAAUUCAAAUUCCAAUUUAAUUUUAUAUUUUUGCAUAUUGUUAGGUUUUUACUGGCUUAAUUAUAUUUUUAUAUGCAUCAUGCUUUUUUUAGUGCAUAUUUGAUGUUUUUCGUAAUACCUAUAGUACCUCUUUCAAAUAAUCAGUACCAAUAACGUACAACAAUUUUUUUUCAAAAAUUGGAAUAACCUGCGAUAGUACUCCUCAAUACAUAUUAAUUGUCGCAAUAAAAUUUAUGUCAAUUUCAGUUGUGUUCCACGUUUCAUUAGAUUCGUUUUAGUCCGAAGUAAGUUUCUAUACUAUAUAAAACUUUAUACCUAUUUUUUUCUACCGCUGGAAUUGUUUUAUACUGUAUAUUGUGUAAUAUUUCAGUAAAUGGUGAUUAACGUUUUUUUAGUGCUUCAGCAUAUUAAUACAAAUAAACAUAUCAAAAGUUUCAAAAAUAAAUAGCAACUUGUUUAAAAUAUUACAAACAAAUUAAAAGUAAAGUCUUUUGAAAAUGUUUAAGCAAAUAUGCAAAGCAUGGUAUUCUAAAAAAAAACCAUAUUAAGGAAAAAAUGUCCUGAAAUUUAUAGUAAACAAUUCAGAAAAUCUGUGUAUAUAAAUGAUAAUUUUUAAUAAAUAAAAUAAGUUUUAUAAAAUUAAUUGUAUUUAUAUAUAUUUUAAAUAAAUUCUAAGCAUAUUUUUAAAUUUUUUUGAGCAUAAACAUCUGCUCUCUACUUUUUGUAAUAUCCUAUUAUUAAGCCAGUAUUAACUUAAGAGUGCCUUCCCGUCAACUUAGAAAUUCUACUCCCUUCUACUUCUUUCCACUACUAACUAUUUAUCAAAUUCUCCUUUUAACUGUCUAAUGUGUUUGCUCAAUGAGGACCCUAACUUUCGCUACUAAACUCUCUUUAAUUGUAUUUAACAUUUGCACCUGUUACUUAGAUAUUCUUUUCACAUUACUUGUUCUUCUAUAUUUGGGUAACUCAACCCUUUUUCUAAUUAAAUGAAAUAAAAUAAAUACAUUUUUAUAUUUAUUUAAAUUUUAAAAUUAGAAUACCUAAAUUAAACUAAGUAUAGGUAUAUUUAGGUACUUAUUAGUAUGUUAAGAGGGUGACUGAAAAAUUGUUUAUCAGACUUACAUUUAAAAUGUUUAAAAUAUAAGUAAUUGAUCAUUAUCAAUAAUGAUAGGUAGUAUAUUGUAGAUACCUAAUAAAACUAAAUGGCCAUUCAAUUAUAAAGAAUCUAAUUUCAAGAACUCUAGGUGAAAGAAUAAAAUGGUUCGUAUUAUACGCAGUUUAUUGUGGAUAUGAGACCGAAUGUUGUGUUGUGUCUUUAGGUCGCUUAUACCUAUAGUUAUUUAUUUGACUAGUAAUCUGAUCCGUACAAAUGAUAAGAAGUUUUUAGGACAAAAAUACAUCACCGUACGAUUAGGCGUGAAAGGGCAUUCUAUGAAUGAAUUUGUAUGCCAUUUGUAUAGCCGCAAUUUUGGUCUGAAUUUGGCUAUGUACAUCUAAAUCAUUUUUAUAACUAUUAAAUACUUUUAUUAUUUUUUUUUAGUUAUUUUGACUGAAUGCCUCAAUAGGUACUUAACUAUCUGGAACGAAUGAAGUUUAGCUCCCAAACAAUUUUGUGGAAUUUUUUCGAAGUUUUUGGAUGUUUAAUUUGAUGGUACUUAAAAAAAAACCUGCCCAAACUUCCUAUGGAAGUUAUAGUUAAAAUAUUUAAAAAUGCUUAAUUUUCCAAAAAUCACAUUUUUAAGUUUUAACUACCAAAAAUUUGAAAAUAUUUCUUUGUAAAUGUUAAUAAUUUUAUGUUCAAAAUUUUAGUGAAUUAGCUUUUUAUAUUAUUGUUAAUAAACUAUGUAAAACUUAAUUAUAAAGUUAUUUCAAACAUUUGCAUAUUAAAGUUAAAAAAAUAAAAAAAAAACUAUUUGGGAGGAGGGUGGUUAAAUCUUAAUGUUAGUACACACCAAAUGAAAUUCGAUUUGCUACGCAACACCAAAUCAAAUAGGUCACAGGAUAAAAUAAAUGUAUUUUACAAGACAAUUUUUUUUGUAUGGGUUAUCAAUCAAUCAAUUUAAAACAUUGGAGAAAAGCUACUGGGACACUGGUUCAAACUAGGAAACUCUGUAAUAACAAUAGGUACACAUCAUUAGGUUACAAGAACCAAUAUUCAGGAAGUGUAAUAUUAAGUUAUUUAACACAACAUGUCUAAUAUUCACAAUACAUACUGAUUUCAAAGUUCAAUUCUGUUUGCACCAUAAAUAUCAGCAUAAAAAGGUAUAUUACAUAUAUUCACUCUGUAAAAAAAUUCGGAAACCUGUGUGUGCACUAAACUUGAUUUAUACCAUUAAUUCAAUAAUAUAUAUAUAUAUAAAAAAAAGUUUUUAGUUUUCAUCUCUAAUAAUAAAGCAGCAGAAAAAUGUUUUUAAAUUUUAGCAUUCUAUUUAUCUUUCAAUAUCAUUUUUUGUUUACAAACAAUACUCAAAUAAAAAUAUUAUAUUAUAUUUUUCAGAUGCACCUCGCAGAUCUUUAACAGUUAAUGAUGUAUCGACAAAUGGUUUAAAACGACCUUUAACUAGUGAUAACAACAAUGGCGGGAAAAAAAAAAAACUAAGAACAACUAUAAAUAGUGGUGGCAAACAAGAAGGUCUUACUAGUUUAAUUAUUUAAGUCAUAUUACUGAUUAUAUAUUAAUUUAUUAAUCCUUAAAAACUUGAUUAUAUUGUAGGAUCUACUGAAGACAACAACACUGAAAAACAGUCUCAAAAUUCCAAUAAAACACGCAAGAAUGGCAAAAAAAAGAGCAAGGGUGAAAAAAUUGGUGUUAAUAAUCCUAAGAACCCAAUAGCGAAUACUGUUAAAAAAAAUGUAAUUGGAAAACAUAAAAAAAAAGAUAAAAACCGUAUUAAAAAAACUCCAUCUAAGAUAAUUGGAACUGAAUCUGUGGAACAUAAUAAAAAAGAAAUAGGCAGUGCAAGCAGUAUUAAAAAAACUCCAUCUAAGACAAAUGGAACUGAAUCUGUUGAACAUAAUAAAAAAGAAAUAGACAGUGCAAGCAAAAUUAGAAAAACUCCAUCUAAGACAAAUGGAACUGAAUCUGUUGAACAUAAUAAAAAAGAAAUAGACAGUGCAAACAAAAUUAGAAAAACUCCAUCUAAGACAAAUGGAACUGAAUCUAUUGAGCAUGAUAAAAAAGAAAUAGACAGUGCAAGCAGCAUUAAAAAAACUCUAUCUAAGGUAAAUGAAAAUGAAUCUGUUGAAGACAGCAAAAUUAUUAAUGAAACUAGUUUUCCAAUGAAAAAUGAAACAAUGUCAUCAUAUAACUUGUUGGAAAUAGAAAAAUCCUAUUUUAUAGAAGACAAUAAAUCAUCUGAAAAUUCAUCUACAUCAGUUGUUAAAAGUCCAGCUAAAACAGAUAAUUUAAACAAGACAAAUACUAAGAAAUUUGAAAUAACAAAUAUUGAAAAUAAUAGCAAUGAUUUUGUGUUAAAUAAUAAUGGAAAAGAGACUACCUUUAAUUAUAAAACUAUUAUGGUGACUGACUCUGAUAAUAUUGACUCUAGUAUUAUAGUGACCGAAUUACCUAAAAACAUUAAAACUAAUUUAGUAACAGAACUAUGUGAAAAUAGUAAUUCUAGUAAAGUGACAGAAUUAUCUAUAGAUUCAUCUAGUACAGAUAUAGAUAUAACAGAAAAUAUUGAAGCUAAUACAGAGACAGACUCGUUUUAUCAUAAUAAUGAUCCGAUUGUAAUAGUUGUACCGAAUAAACUUAAUGCCAAUGAUAAUCCUAAAACAAACAAAUUAACUGAUCAAGUUGAUGAAAAUGAUAUUGAAAUUAUUGAUCUGGAGACCUCUAAUGAUUCGUGUGAUGUGUGUCCUGUUGAUGAAUGCGAUUCGCAGAUAAUGGCAGAUUGUAUAAACGGAUUAAGAAAAAUAGAUAAAACUGUUUUUCCUCAUUUAAUGCGAUUGUUUGCAAAUAAACAAGCUGGUUUUGAAGUAAGUCAUUUUCCAAAUUUUAUAUUGCUUAUAUUGAUGUUAAAAUUAUAAAAUAAAUAAAUAAAUGUAAUCCUUUUUAUUAGCAAUUUGAAGCAUUAUGUACAGUAAAGAUUAUGGAAUAUAUGACAGAUAGAUUCAACCCAGGACGAAUGCGCUCAGAAAUACAGGCGAUUAAUAAUAGAGAACAUUCUUGGCUGAUGAAAUAUGCAAUAUUAGCAAAACAAAUGAGAGAAAUAAAGGCUGUCGUAAAACUGCAUACUCAUGAAUUAAAAUUAAAUAAACCUUCUAAACCUCAUCUAGUUCAAAGGACUGUAGGUCUGCAAGCUGUAAUAUGCUCAAAAGUAAAUUAGUUAUUGAGUGACAAAAUUGUUUUAUUUUUAUUAUUAAAUUCAUAAUGUAAACAAAAUUAUAUUAUUUGAUUUUAGGAACCGAAUACUAAAAGUAAUAAUACUGAAACAAGUGUAGACGCUUCUCCGCAAACUAUAGAUAUUACAAUAGACGAGAGUGAUCCAAUUGUAGAUAUUACCAACACAGAUAUAGGCACACAAUUUUGUGAUGAUAAUGAUCCUGUGGAAGGUUUGACUGAUAGUGAUGACGUUAUAUCAUUUAGUGAAGUAUUAGAUGACACACCAUCUACAACGGAAAUUACAUUAAAAGACAUGCCAUCUACAUCAAAAACAUUGACUGGUAUGAUGCCGUCGACAGCAAACACAUUGACUGGUAUGAUGCCGUCGACAGCAAACACAUUGACUGGUAUGAUGCCAUCAACAACAAAAACAUUGACUGGUAUGAUGCCGUUAACAUCAAUAACAUUGAAUGGUAUGAAGCCGUUAACAUCAAUAACAUUGACUGGUAUGAAGCCUUCUACAUCUAAAACAUUGACUGAUAUGAUACCUUCAACUUCAAAAACAUUAAUUGGCAUGAUGCCUUCAGCAUCAAAAACAUUGAUUGAUGGUAUGAUGCCGUCAACAUCUAAAACAUUAACUAUUAUGAUGCCGUCAACAUCAAAAAAAUUAACUGGCAUGAUGCCUUCAACAUCAAAAACGUUGAUUGAUGGUAUGAUGCCGUCAACAUCGAAAAUUCUUGAAAAUACGACUCCAAAAAAGGUAAUAAUUAUUAAUUUGUAUGAAGUGUCUUUAGGCAUGAGAAAAAAAAAAUGGUAUAACAUUUUGAAGCUAUUAGAUAGGUUACUAUUUUAUGUAAAGCUUGCCUAAAAAUAAUAACUCCACGUCAAAUUGGAGCAUUUUGUUUAUAAAAUGUUUAUAAAAAAAAAUCUUAAUAAAUAUUCAUUGUAAUGAACUUUACAGCAGUUAUUUAUAUUAUAAAGUAAAACUGAGAAUUUGACUGGCUGCAUGUGAAAAAUUAUACCUUUCUAGUAAAAAUUUGUAUUUAUUUUUAUUACAAAUAACUAAAUAAAUAAAGUUAGCCCAUAGUAAAUAUGUUUAAAGUGUUCUAAGCAUGAAUAUUGAAUGUUCAAUAAUUUCGGAAAAAAAUAAGAAUUAUAAAUAUAAUUAUUUUAUUCAUAACUAGGACAGAGAACCUGUAGUUUUAAAAAGUCACUUAAAGGUACUUAAAUACACAAAAUAUGCAUUUAUAUGUAAAAUAAAAUAACCUAAAAUAGGUAGUUAGGUAAUUUGAAAUUAAAAACAUUUUUUCUUUUUUAAAAUUUAUUAACUAAAUUAAAUUUACUUAGGUAAUUAAUAGUUAAAACUUACAGAUAUUUGUUCCGAUUCUAAAAAAAUAUUUCAGUUUUUAAAAUUUUUAACCUUGACACACAUUCAUUUAACAUUAUAGAAUUAAAUUUAGACACAUCAUUUUUUUAAUUACGAAAUAUAAUGGUGAUUUAACUUUAGGUAUUUUGUAAAUAAAAAUAAAUUACUUCAAAAAUAAAAAAAUAAAUUGCAAACAGAAUGGGUAGAUCUCAACAAUUAUUAUAAAAUAGAAGAAAUAUACCCUAAUGAUAAAAGAAACUCAAAAUAUGCAUCUAAUGCAAAAUAAAAUUACAAAUCUGUAAUCCGAUUUUGAUUUUUUUUUUUUUUAGCGGAAUAAGGCACUGAGAAGUAACCUCAAUCUAUUUUAUGAUUUUGAAAAUUCCAAGAAUGUUAUUAUUGCACAUAAUCAUUAUAUUAACUUAGACAUUAACAAUUGUUGACAAUUAAAUUGAGCUUUAUACAUUUAAUUUGUCUCAUUCACAGUUGACAAGUUAAUAAACACUAGAUUAAGAAUGUGAUACAUGUUGUCCAAAUAAUAUUCUAGAGAAAGUAUAAUAUAACAUUUUUUUGUUUUUCUAUGAUACUGUAUUUUUGAAAGCCGCAUUGCAAAUUACUUCAGCUCAUUCAUAAAUUAUUGAUAAAUAUGUAGUUAGUUAUUAUUAUGUAUUUUUUCCUAUCUUUUUUAUAUUUAUUUUUUUUUUCAAUUUGAAUAAUAGUAAUAUUCUAAUAAUUAUUUAUAUUAGAUUGAUACCUUUAUAAUACAAAUAAAUCUUUACCUAGUGAAUUUUUUAGUUUGGAAUUUUUGCUGUACAAACAAAUGCACCAACAAUUUAAAUAAUCGUAUAAAUGUUUUUUAAUGGUACUCAUGCAUAAAAUUAAAAACUGAUCAUUAUUUUAUUCAAUACUUAAGCAUAAUAGUUUAUAGUUUAAUACCUAGUUGAUGAAUAGUAGGUAUGUGCAAUAGGAUAUAGGAUUUAUAGGAUAUAAGAUGUAUAGGAUUUUAAGAAUGAUAUAGUGGAUGGAGGGGUUUGAAAAAAGUGAAUUUGAGUGGCAUUUGUGAAAAUAAUACAAGAAACGUAUAUUGUGAGCAAAAAUGAAUGUAAAUAGUAUUUGUGGAGACAUACAAAAUUGUUCAGUGUUAAAACGUAUUUAUAAAGGAUCAGCAUUGAGCAAGUAAUGUAGGUAUAGUAAAACUGAUUAUCUGAACGCCAAUCUACCAGACAUUCAAUUAUCUUUAUAAGUAAGACCAAAAAAAAAUCUUUAAAUUUCUUUUUGUUUUCAUUUUCAGUUUAGAAUUAGUAAAAACACCGCCAAUAACUGUGUUAGAUAUUUUUGUUAGCUUCAAGUGAAAAUUCUUAAAUAAAAGCUUUUUACAUUUGAAUUUUGAAGUUUGGUUUAUUAUUUGGUAACUAGCAGUUUUAUUUUGAACAUGACAUUUUAUUUAUAUUAUUACUAAUUUAUUAACUAUUUGAUUUACAGUCAAAAUAUGAAUUUGGUGUCCAAAUUAAAUUAAUCACCAUGAUUAAUAAUAUAAUUGUAUUGUAUCGCUUAUAUAAUUAAAAACAAUUUUUAAUAUUGUAUUUUUUUUUUUAUUAAUUUAAAUUUAGCAAGUACAAUCACCAACAAAUGUCUUUAGAAUAUCACCUAUUGUAAUUAAAAAAGCUGUCCCGCCAGCAGUGCCCAUAAAUUCCAUAAAUAAUGUUAUACUUAACAAUUCUACCAUUGAUUUAACAAAUGAAGAUGGAAGUGAAACAUCAAAUGAAUAUACUUUAAAUAAAUCACCUAUACAAACGGUUCAAGCUUCAGGAUCUCCAUCAAAACGACUGGUAAUUAUAAUAAUUAUAAUAACAAGCAAAAAAGAUAAAUGUCAGUUUUAUUUUUUUUUGUAAUUUUAUUUUUCUUAAAUUAAUAAAAAAAUUAAGUUGAAUUUUUGGUUAUUCAUUUUUUCUAGAACUAUUUGUACAACUAAAAUUUUCUUAAUUAGCUUGUUAUAAUUUCUCAGCUUUUUUGAAUUUUAAAACUUUAAAACUGCAAUACUGAACAUUUUAGGAAUAUUGACCUUUAUCCUUUUUUUUCUCCGUAGCCCUUCAAUUAUUAAGAAAAAUUAUGUAUUUUAAGCACAUAGCCAAAUAUUAAAUAAUGUAUAGUAUUUAACUUUUAUCACUAAAAAUUUUGGCUGAUAAUUUUUUUAUUUUUAAGAGAUACUAGUAUAGAGUGAUUUGUUUUAUCAUGAACCAGUAAUUAUCUUGGAGGAUUCUAAGUGAAUUAGAUUUCUGUUUUUUUUUUUUUUUUUAGUGUGAAACCAUUUAAGUUUUAAUUUAAUAUCAUGUUUAAUUUUUUUAUUCCUACUCCUUGUACCUUAAAUAAGUACACACUUUUGUUUUUCAAGUAGGAACCCUUUUUUUUGGAUACAGAUUUGAAUAAAUAAUAUUUUUAAAGGAAUUUCGGUACGUAUAACACUCAUAUCAGGUUGACCAUUUAUGAGUUAUACCUCUAGUUUAGACCAGGGAAGAGUUAUCAAUUUAUCAUUUAAAAUUAGAUAAGCAUUGUAUAAUCCUUCUCUAUUCUUUAGACCGGAGGGUCUAAACUUUAAACUGUUAUAACUAAUAAAACAGUAAAUCUGAUAAUAGUGUUAUACAUAUCAAAAUAUCCAGAAAAAUAUUCUUUAUUUGAAUCAGUGUUAAAAAAAGGGGUCCCUAUUUAAAAUAAAAACAAAAUUAUAUACCUACUUAUUGAAAAUGUACAGAAUAGGGGAAAAAAUCAGGAAUAAUUUUAAAGUAAAGCUUAAACGUUUCCACAAUGAUUAAAAAAAAAAAAAAAAAACAAAAACAGAAAUCUAAUUUACUUAAAAUCCUCUGAGAAAAUUGCUGGUUUAUGACAAGAAAGACAGCCAUACUUUCACAUGUGAGGUAGCCACAGUAGUUGAAGGCGAGAAGUUUGGAAGAUAUAGGGGAAAUUUAAUGUAUAUCUGUACACAGUGAUUAACCAUUGCUAACGAAAAACUAUUCUGAGCUGAGUUUGGAUAAUAGUGUUGCUUUGUUAACAAUGUAUAUGUAUAAUUAAUUUUACUAUUUUAUACUUUAAAUAGGUAUUAUUAUUGUAAAACUUAAUAAUUAAAAUCACAUAACGUAUUAUUUUUUCAGUCAACCAAUGUUUCAUCACAAUAUUUACCAUCAAAUUUAGGUUAUAUAGAACUAUCACAAGUUUCAAAUUGCAUAGUAAGGACAACUAAUGCAGGAGCUAGAGUUAGUUCAUAAAAUUGUUUGUUUUUAAAAUAAUUAAUUAAUUUAAAUUUUAGGUAUCUACUGUUGCAAAUUUGAAUAUUCCUAAACCACAUCACCCUCAACCUUUUGUAUUCAAUAAUGGACGGCUUGUACCUGUUGCAAGUAAGUACUAACAAUAAUAAUACUGCAUGUAAUUUUUAUUUUGAAAACUAUUUCAAUAUUUUAAAAAUUAAUUUUUAUAUAAUGUAUAUAUGAAUAUAUAUGGGUAUAUAAUAUGCAAAACAAAUAAAUAAAUAUAUGGCUGACUUUUGUGAGAACAGUAAGUCAUAUUUUUUGAUCAUUUUGAAAUCAUACACAAUAAUUGUAGGACAAUUUAUCAUUUUUUUUAAACAAAUGAUCCAAUAACUGUUAAAUCUAAAACAAUACAUAUUAUUUGUAGUGUCAAGUCAGUUUUUAACAUAGGUACUACUAUUUACUAACGUUGUAUAGUUAAAGAGUUUGUUGCUUUAUUAAUGUUUAUUUAUUUUUUAAUUAUUUCUAUACUUUUAAUUUACAUAAUGUGUACUAUUAAUACCAUCUUAAGAACUAAACAUAACAUAUGGUAACUGCAAACAGUAAGUUUAGUAUUUUAUGAUUUAUAUUAGCAUUAAUAUUAUUAGUUAGCGAUUUAGCUAUCAAACAAAUAAAACCAAUUAUUAUUAUAUUACUCAACUUGUACACUAUGGUUGUUCGUAAAAUAAGGUUCCAAAGGAGCUGUAGAAGUCAGAAGCUCUGUUAUGUGGGAUUUAGUGACACUGGUUUGUAGCCUAGCUUUCUCUUUCUCCCAGUCACUGCUCUUGUGAGUUGUCUGCAACACUCAGUUUUGACUAGGCGUCUGUUAGAGAUAGAGCUCCCACUCGCUUCUCUCACCAGGUGUGAGUUAGCCUCUGUGAUACGUUUUUUGUUUGCUAAAAUCACUGCGCCGGUGGACAUUAAUCCCAACUAUUUUAAGCUUUUGGAAAAAACUGAAUGAGCAUACAACACGUGUGCAGGGAAUUCAAAGAAACUUACAAAGGUUCAUGAUAAACAAUAUUCUGGGCGGCCACCGGUUUUGGACAAAACAAUUAUGGAAAGUGGAAGUAUUAUAUUUUAGAAGUUCAUUAAAAUUUAAACCUGAAGGGUUAUACUAUUAUUAAAUAUGUUGCUUUUUAAAUAAAAUUUUAAGUGUUGAAUUAAUGUAUUGAAUUCAAUAUUAUAUAAUAUGUUUAUGUGGUUUAUUUAUGAAAUUAUUAAAUUUAGUAUAGAAGGAUGCAAAAUACAUGUGCAUUAUUUGAUAAGUGAUAUUAAUAAUAUAAGUUUAUAGAAUUAGAUCAUAUACAUUUUGUUGUGCAAUUAAUGCCAUGUCUAUGUGUCAAAGAUGUCAUGUCAGAGAAUAAUUAUAUUGCUUGUGUCAAUUAAAUUAAUUUGAAAUUACUUUAUGGUAAACAUUUUUAAAAAAUGUGGAUGUUUAAAAUUAAUAAAAUAUUUAUUUUUUUUUGGUGAAAAUUAACAUUUUAUUGUUUUCUGGAAAGUGUUUAUCUUUAACAUGACACUGUUCUCACAAAAACCACUUAUAUAUAUAUAUAUAUAUAUAUAUAUAUUUGUUUUGCACAUUUAUUUAUAUUUUAUUGAGUAUUAUUCUAAAACUUUAUUUUUUCAGUUACAUCUAGACGAGCAAGGUCGGGUAAUGUUACUUAUUCUACACUUCAAUUACAAUCUCAACGUAAUGGACAAGUGACAUCUGCACAAACUCGGCAAAAUAAAACCUUACAACCUGUACCUCCUGCAAUACCUAUUGUAAACUUAGAAGUGAGUUUAAUAUUUACUUAUUUUUUUGUAAAUAUACUUUAAAAAAAAAAAAAAAAGAAAAAAGGUAUGAUAAUGUAUACUAAUGGAAUAUUUUAAUUUGAAUCAUUAGCACCCUGCCCCAUUGCCUCCCAUUCCACAUCAAAGAAGUCUUCCCACAUGGAAAAAACUACCUCCUUCACCUAAAGUAACCAUUACAAGAACAACACAAAGUUCGAGGGGUAAUUUAUUUUCUACAAAUAUUUUACUGAAUUAUUAUUAUUAUUUUAUUAAUUUGUAAAUAAUGGUUUUAUUUUACAGCACUGGUACUCUCAUGGAAUAUGCCUGCAAUGAAUAAAGCAUUUGCUACUGUAAAUAGUUAUCAAAUUUUUGCUUACCAUGAAUUAGAUAACGAACCGGCUAAAACAGAAUUGUGGAAGAAAAUUGGUGAUGUAAAUGCUCUUCCCCUACCAAUGGCCUGCUCACUUACUCAAGUAAACAUAAUCUAAUUAUAUUAUGUAAGUAAAACUAUAUUUUGUUUUUUUCGAUUUUUUUGUUUACAGUUUAAGUCAGGCGAAAAGUAUCAUUUUGCAAUAAGAGCUGUUGAUUCAUAUCACCGAACUGGACCAUUUAGUGAACCACAACAUGUGUUCUUGUCUUAAUCUAAAUGCAUUACAUUUGUGUAAAUAUCAUAAACAUUUUUAUUGUACCUAUAUUAUACUUAUUCUUUUUUUUUUACAUUACUUCUAUAUAGACUAUAGUGAUUUUUUUUGUAUUUACAUAGUUCCAGUACGCGGUACGCCAAAAUAAAUUGUUGAUAGAUAAAUUCAUCACUUAGUCUAUAGAGUAAAAAACUACAUUCUUAAAUACAUUAAAUUUGAUUUAUUUUAUUAUUUAUUUUUUCUUAUUAAAGUAAUAAACUAAUAAAACUAUUGAUUUUGUAAUUAAUUGGAU